AUGGUGCCUCCUUUGCCAAGAACACAACAACAAACAUUGAUGAAAACAGUGAUAGGAACGCUCGAUCAAUUGAUCUACAUCAGCCUGUUCAUAUCUAUCUAUCUAUCUAUCUAUCUAUCUAUCUAUCUAUCUAUCUAUCUCAGUAUGUUCAUAUGUACCAAAUAUCUAUCUAUAUCUAUUAUAUCUAGCUAUCAUGGUCUGUUCAUAUAUGUCAAUGAAUCACAAACUGUUUAUAUCUAUCUAUCUAUCUAUCUAUCUAUCUAUCUAUCUAUCUAUCUCAGUAUGUUCAUAUGUACCAAAUAUCUAUCUAUAUCGAUUAUAUCUAGCUAUCAUGGUCUGUUCAUAUAUGUCAAUGAAUCACAAACUGUUUAUAUCUAUCUAUCUAUCUAUCUAUCUAUCUAUCUAUCUCAGUAUGUUCAUAUGUACCAAAUAUCUAUCUAUAUCGAUUAUAUCUAG